CGCCUCGCCUCCACAGAGACCACCUAGGGAGCGAUUGGUUGGCUGGUGUCACGUUGCCGCCAUGACUCUUGGCAGUCUCAUCCUGCACCAUUGUUUCCAAUAGCAGCCGGAAGAAGCUGCUGUAGAGGGGGAGCGGGUGAAGGCAUCCUUUACUGCGCUCUGCAGUCUCUCCACCUGAACGCCGCUCGGUGAAACGUACCUUAGGCAAAGUGGUCCGGGUAACUAAGCUCAACAGCGGCUGUUUCAUUCAAUACAUAACAAUUAAACCCCCCUUCCCAUCAGUGGCGACGCCAAAGAAAACGGUCAGAGAACCGCAUAAGCUUUGAGGUUUCAGCGCGCUCGGCUUCUACGUCAUACUUUAAAUGGUACCAACUCUGUAAGGGGAGAAGUUCAUCAUUCCUCCAAAAGGAUCAGGAACCAGUGCCACCCACUAAUGAACAUUUUUUUGGUGACACACUGCCUAUAAAUGAGGCUUGAGGGACUGAUUUGAAGCAUGCUGGAUGUGAAUGAAUGACUAAAUUGAGAUUUGCAACCUAAAAAGUUGAAGUCAUGAGUGGAAUUUUAAAGAGAAAAUUUGAAGAAGUUGAGGGGUCAUCUCCCUGCUCUUCCUUAAGGGAAUCUGAUGAUGACAUUUCAAGCAGUGAAAGUGGGGACAGUAGUGAUAGUGUUAAUCCUUCCACUUCUAAUCAUUUUACUCCAGCCUCCAUCUUGAAAAGAGAAAAACGAAUAAGAACAAGAAAUGUUCACUUUGAAAAUGUAACUGUUUAUUACUUCACACGACGACAAGGCUUUACCAGUGUGCCCAGUCAGGGAGGCAGUACUCUGGGAAUGUCAAACCGACACAACUGUGUGCGCCAGUAUACCCUGGGAGAGUUUGCAGUGGAGCAAGAGAGGAUUCAUCGAGAGAUGUUGAGGGACCAUCUCAAAGAGGAGAAACUGAAUUCCAUAAAACUCAAGCUGACUAAAAAUGGCACAGUGGAAUCUGAAGAAGCCAAUAUACUUACAGUGGAUGACAUUUCCGAUGACGACAUUGACCUAGACAACACAGAAGUGGACGAGUAUUUCUUUUUGCAACCACUGACUACCAAAAAAAGAAGAGCAUUACUGAGAGCAUCGGGGGUUAAAAAGAUAGACGUUGAAGAAAAACACGAGCUGCGCGCAAUCCGAGUAUCGAGGGAGGAGUGCGGCUGUGACUGCAGGGUCUUCUGUGAUCCCGAGACCUGUACUUGCAGUGCAGCUGGAAUAAAGUGCCAGGUGGAUCGCAUGUCCUUCCCAUGUGGCUGUACUAAAGAAGGCUGCAGCAAUACAGCUGGCAGAAUAGAGUUUAACCCCAUCAGAGUGCGGACUCACUUCCUGCACACCAUCAUGAAAUUAGAAAUGGAAAAGAACAGAGAGCAGCAGCAGAUCUCCGCAGCAAAUGGUUACCAUGGUGAAGCAAACGUUCACAGCAAUCCACUGGUUCAAGCACAGCACAGCCUGGAAUAUUCUCUUGCCGACAGUGUUCCUCAGACGACCAUAAUGCAUUUGCAAGCUGCUGAAGAGCUAGAAGACCAGGGAGAAGACGAGGAGGAGGAGGAGGAAGAAGAGGAGGACGAGGAAGAAGAGCAGGAAGAAGAAGAAGAUGAUGACGACGACGACGAGGAAGAGGAGGACGACGGCAGCAGUUUGUGCAGUGGUGUGACGGAUUCGAGUGCACAGAGCUUGGCUGCUAGUGAUUCAGAUGAGGACGAGGAGGAAGACAAGCUAAGUGAUUUUUCAGUAGGAAUGACGUCCGCACAUACUGACGUGGUGCCACUUUCUUCUGUGUUGUGCUACUCCGAUGGAGCCGUGGUGCACGAAAGUGACACAAAUUCUUAUUACACUAAUUCAUUAUCAGAAUAUUACAAAAUGAAAAACUCUGCUGCUGCAUCAAAUGCAAAUAUGAACACAGAUUCUGGCACGUACAGUGAUGCCACAUCCUAUCCGGAGAGGGUUAUUGGUAACAAUGGGACAAUGUCUUUGGUGCCUUACAGCAUUGUGUCCGAGCAGUUUGUAGACUAUAGUCGCACUUCUGAAGAAAGCUACAGCAGUCCAAAUUAUCCCGUCCCAGGUGGAGUGCCGUCCGUUAUUGUUUGCUGUUCUGCUGACCAGGACAAUAAUAUCCAGUUCAACAGAAUAUAUGGCGAACAGACUUCGGCUCUUCCUCAAAUCGAGUUUCACAACUACUUAAACAAUAAUUCUCAAGACAGAUACGUCUCAAAUGGGAAUUGUUAUGCAGCUGCCGAGCAGCCAAAAAAAAUGUUAAUGGGACUUCCCGAAGAAGUCGUCCUUCCUGAAAAAUCCUCAAAGACUUGCACAUUGGAGAGCCUGCCCGAAGCAACUCCAGUUUAACACUUCAUCACAGCCGGCUCGCUUUUGGAUUUUUGUUUUCGAAUUAAUUAAACAUUCCUUUCUUUGCCGGGGGGGGGGGUUCACCCCUCCCAGUCCCAGUCCCAAGUGACUUGGCCCACCUCCCUUUGGUUCAAAUUGCUUGCAUUUGCAGGUUUUCCUUCUUUCUUCACCCCUUUGUCACCGUGACAUAAUUGCACAUAUUUCUCAUUUUUUUAGACCUUGCUUGUUUUAAUUAAGAUAAACAGAAAAAAAAAAAAAAACAUUGUCAAGGCCGUGGAAACGUGUAUGUCACUUUUUUGGACAUCCUAUCUUUCAGAUGUUUAUUUAUAAUGUACAGUGAAAAACAAUGAAGAUUACGAAACUCAAAAGUGUAUCCUCUAGAUCGGUGUUACAAGAGACGUUUGCAAUUUACGGGGUUCUGGUUUUCAGAAGAUCUCAUGGAUUCAGAUUUUAUAUGUUCCUGUGGCAAUUGUGGGGGAAAAAAAAAAAUCCUCUUCAUAAUUUACUUUAUUUAUGGGUUUAUGAAGUGUCUGUUAUAUCAGUGUUUUGAUAAUUGAUAGCAUGUUAUUUUUGAAGUCAUGAUAAUGAAGGACACAAACACGCCAUUGGUUUCGGUUCAGCGUUUUUUUUUUCCUCUCAGUCCUUCAUUAAGUUCGUUACAAAGGUAUUCCUUGUUAAAUAUUGCCAAACGUUAGGCCUUUAAUUAUUCUACACAGCCUCCCUUCUGCCUGUUGCAUGCUUUAGUUAUUGACCAUAAUGUCGAUUUUGGGGGACUAAUCAAGGCCUGUACAGCAAAGCUGUAAGGAGAGUCAACACCUGACCUGCUGCUGUUGAGCCGUAUUACAGCGUAACACUACUGGUGCCAUUCAUUUGUUAUUUUGGUGCAGAGCUGAACAUUUAAUUGCCAUUACACUUUUCUCUGGCCGAGUUAUUUCUGCUAAGGUGUUAAAAGUGGUCAUCUGAUAAGCAAGUGAAGCAAUAAAGAUUGUUAAUUUUCCAUUGAUCCCGUAAUCGCAGAUGUAGCACCUUUAUCACAAGUGUUCCAGACACGCACUGCAUUGGUGUGUGGAUCUCGACAAACCCUACGCCGAGUGCAGCCCUGGGCGAAAAUGGCGAUGGCCUCCAUCUGUCCACGUGAGUCCACACCGGCAGUACAGCUGCUUCUUCAUACUUGAGUUUGGGUUGUCUGCUUGCCAGGAGUGGUGCCAGUGAGGUGUUGCUGCUAUUUUUUUUUAUUUAAGUACUGUGAUGACUGUUCAGUUCGGACCGCUAGGAUAAAGGCGCAUAGAAACACAACCCUUUUACAGUAUCUGCUCAUUGUGCUGCUUUGUCUUUGCUGGACAGUAGGCCUCCGCCUCUUAGUGAACCAGACUACUGGAGGGCAGAGAGGGGAAAUUAAAAAAAAUGAAAUGUGCGAGGGUCCAAAGGCAGUUAGAAACGUCAGGAUUUGGCUGUGUUUGCUAGUUUUACAUUCUCACUGACCACUGACGUGCUGAAUACAAAUGGGUUCUUUACUCAAAAAUAUUAAAUUCAUUUUUGUAAAACAGUACAUCUAAUAACCCAAGUUGUAUCCUCCACAAAGCACCAUUGUACACAUCUAAAACUAUGGUGUGCCCCUCUUGGAGUCUCUCAAUUUGAGUCCCACUCGUUGAAUACUGAGGGGCGCAGGCCUGAUUCAGGUUGCAACUUAUAUGUCCUUUUCUCUAUGACAUCUUUCUUUAUUAUUAGAUUUUUGUUUAAAGUCUAAUGGUGAUUUAAAUGUGUUGCCCUUUACAUUAUAUAUGCAGUAUAGUAUGCGUAAAUGGGCAUACAUAUCAUCACUAGAAGACUAAAUCGAUAGGUGAAGAAGCCGUGUGAAGUGUCUGGGCGUCUGGCUUUUCAGUAUCUUACAGACCGGCGCUGUGCUCUUUCUUUUGCAGUGAAUGUGUUCCCACACUAAUACAGUAGACAUAGGAGAUGUACAGUACACAGUAAAUGAUUGCAGUUGUACCCAUUGCCCUGUUAAGCACGUCACAACCUGGACAUGUUCUGUCAUAUCUAUUAAAGAAGAUGUUGACACAAAGCUAACAGACAAAUUUUACUUAAUACCCUUUGUACAAAAAAAACAAAAAUCAUCUGCCACGUUUAACUCGGCUGUGUGCGGAUUGAUUACAGUAUACAGAAAGUUAUUUUCUACCUUGGCACCUCCCUACGCAUCAACAGGUGUCAUACAGCAAUAACAUUUGUGUUGUCAGGCUAGAUAAUGAGGUGGUAUAUAAACGGCGCUCUGCUGACUUGAAGCAAUAGUGCAGGACGCGGAGCGGCUCUCCUGGCCUCGUCCGUUUCAUCCCAGGGCUGCACUGGAAGUUUGACAAUCGUAAGAGAAACACAAGAUUUUUUUUUUUUUUUUUUGGCCUAGUUCAGCACUGUACAGGUCAAGUUGUGAAAAUAAUAAUGCAUUUCUCUGUGUGUGUGUGUGUGUAUAGAUUUGUAUUUCUAUAUAUUUAUACACACAUGCACAGCAGCCAUUCUUAUCCCAGUGUGAUGAGGUGGGCCUCAGUAUUAAGGUGCACUCCACUGACCUCCAUCAUCUCUCAAGUAGUGCUAUUUCUACUGUAGUUCUCAUUUUCAGUAUUUAUUAUGAAUGAUGUUAUAAAAUAUGUAUUUAUUGUGAAUUACUGCCGCAUUCUGUAUUGGAAAAAUGAAGUUUCUUUGUUUUUGUUUUUUUGAAGUCCUUAUGUUGUCUUUUGUUUUAUAUAAUUAGUGUAAAAAUAAUGUAUUGGACAGUGUUCUGUUUCUUUAAUUGUACAAGCUUGUUUGUCUGCUUUCCAGAUGGAUUUACAUUCAUUGACUUGAUUUUAUUUCUUUUUGCACACAAGUCUAUUGUUCAUAAAUGUGAAAAAAAAAAAUGGUUUUGCAUUUUAAGGGAUAUGAAA